AUGGAUCUGAGGAAAAGUGAUAGAAAAAUACAAAUGCUGAUCGCCGAUGGAAUUUUUGUCACCGAAUCGUUCAUGGCAAUCAAUAGCGAAUACUUCAAACUCAAAGCUGGGAUAUUACACUUCAUCGACAUGUUUCCAGGGAAGCAGUGGCACGUGCGCCAGAGUUCGAGCCCAGGUGGUGUCGCCCGCGCUGCCGAGGAAACGCAAGAAGGAGAGAUCAACGAUAGGGGAUGCUACGAGGUGAACGAGAUAUCAUUCGAGGAGAUUAGCUUGAUGGUAACGAGGAGCAAAGUUCCCUUCGACGACAGCAUGAUCGCCAGUGGCUACUGUCAUUCGCCGCCUUGCCUCUGUCAUCGUCAUUAUCGUAGUCAUCGUCAUUCAUUAUCGCGUCAACGAUACCACCAUCGAAGGGACAUUGAUGACGUGGGUGGCGAUGGCGAUUGCAACGAUAGCAGCGACGACGAUAGCGGCGAUGACGAGGCCGUUAAGAACGACAAGAAUGACGACGAUGACGAUAACGACAAAGAGGAGAACGACAAGAUGUGCCUCGACCGUCUCCAUCCUCGUCUUCAUCAAUUCUAUGAUCGACGGUCUCGCGAAAGCGGCGACGUUGAUACCGAAGUCGAAGUCCAUCGAACCGAGACGACUACCGUCCAUCCUCUUGCACGAACCUCGCCUAUCGCGACCACCGCCGUCGCUAACCCCUCUGUCGUCACUGCCAUGGCGAGAGGAUGCAAAAUUCCGUCUUACCUCACGACUAUACUACUUCUUUCCUACAUUCUCUUCGGUAUAGCAGACGCUUGCUCGUCACGUUCAACGCCAAAACCAAGGCCGCCGACGCCAACGGAUCGGCCGAAUAUCACAUUCCACAUGUACACGUGUCCACCGGAUUACGCAGAGUGGUAUUGUUUGAAUGGCGCCACGUGUUUCACCGUAAAAAUUGUCGACUCUCUCUUAUACAACUGUCUAUGCGCUCAUGGAUAUAUCGGACAAAGAUGCGAGUUUAAAGAUUUAGACGGUUCCUAUUUACCUUCACGGCAACGAGUAAUGUUGGAGACAGCCAGCAUCGCCGGCGGUGCCACAAUAGCAGUAUUCCUCGUCGUUAUCAUUUGUAUAGCGGCUUAUAUCCAUUGUAAGCGAAAACAGAAGGAAUUACGAUCGAGCAAUAACUGCGUCGAUACGGUGGAUGGUCCUGGCCGAGAUCCGGAGCUGAGGCCGUUUAGCAACCGCAGCCGCUCUCUUAUGAUCUUCAUGGCCAAGAAUUCUAACAACUCGGCGACGAUAGAACAAACGAGAAUGCCCAAUUGGAAUUGUCCAGAAACGGAAUCGAUGAGGAUGGCAUCCAUCAGCGAGAAUAAGCCCUCGAGCCAAUAGCGAACUACGUGACGCGUCGUCCAUAUACAAUGUUUUGCUGCAAGGAUUCGUUAUCGGCGAUACUCGAGACGUACAAAAGAUCGUCGAAUAAACUACUCGAUUAGUUGAAGGUAGUUUGAAAUAUCUCGACAGCAGCGGCCUUUAGUAGCCUUUAUUAGCGAACGUAUUGGAAAUAAUCCCACUAUUUGAUUCAGCGAGUGAUUGACCAUCCUAACGCGGUGCUGAAAAAAAACGAACAUAAAUCAAGUACGAUUUCUAAGCUGAUGACACGUACGGCACGACAAUAUUGGCUCUUUUCGAUUAUUAUAUCGUAAUAUCAAGACAUUCCCCGUAUUGUCGCACUCAUGUACUCCGUUUGAUCGAAGAGACGUUUAAUGCUCGUCGAUUAUUGUGUAUUCCUUCUACAUCUCGAUGGACGAUU